CGGAGUAGUUGCUGAAGCAAUCAUGACAUGGCCGCGCCUGCCUUUGGAUUUUCGGUAGGUGAUUUCGUGGCUACCAUCGAACUCAUCUCGACGGUGAUCAAGGCCCUCCGCACGACGCACGGAGCCUCCUCCAAAUACAUCCAGAUUUUGAAUCAACUUGAGAAUCUCAGAGGCCUACUGGACCAGCUACGGGCGCUGGAGCCUAGCCAGGACGAUGCCGAGUUCGUCAAUGCUGUUCGCGCUGCGGCGUUUGCCGCCCAAUAUCCGCUGAAUGGUUUUCUCGAGAAGCUCCAGAAGUAUGAUCCGGCACUAAAUCCAACGCACCGGACAAAGCUCGCCGGGAGGGCGGUGAGAGCAGUCAAAUGGGGCGUGCUUGUCGAAGACGAGGUGGACAAGCUCCGAGCAUGUCUCUCCGGGCACGUGUUGAGUAUAAGCUUGCUAAUGCAGCUUAGAGAACGCAAAGUCGGCGACGUCAAAGAGUCGAAACGGCAGCUUCAGCACGAACAGCUAGUCAAUUCGUUGUCCCAUCAGCAGACAUCGAUUGACAGUAUCGAUACUAACGCACGAGCGAUUCGCGGAGAAACGCAAACGUUCCAUCAGAAGGUUUUGGACGAUGUUGCCUCAGCUAGACUGUCGUCCCAGCAGCAUCAAUACGUGAUGGACGAUGUCAAGCAGAUUGCCACAAGUCUUGCCAGCAAGGUUCGCGAUUUCUCAGCUACUACACGCUUGUAUCACCAGCAAAUGGUCCAGUCGGUCAUGGAUAAUGCCGAGCGGUUGGUGAAGAUACAACAUGAUAUGGCCAGAAUACCUCCAGCACAGCCUGCUUCGUGUAUCAACCUCGUAGAUGCUCUCGACAGAAGCUUUUCUCUUCCAUAUGAGUUCUUCUCGGAAUAUACGGUCCUACAAUCGUUUCUCAAAUCAAAGUUCGUCGACACCCCGGGUGCAUUACAGGUGCAGUCGGGACGGUAUCAGCUGUCCAGAGAAGGCCGCAAACCGCUGGUGGUUACCAACGAGAGCUGGUCGCGGUCGAUCUUCCCUGGGAGCCGGGUGUCGAUGGCCAUCAUGCUCUCUUCGCUGCGUGCUCCUUCCAGGAGAUGUCCCAGGCCAAGCUGUUAUCAAGAAGUGAGUAGUGCUGAUCUGGAGAAGCCCGUGGUCCAGUGCGGUUUCUUGCGAAUGCUGGAGCAACGGAAAAGUAUUCUGACGCCUAAAUCUUCGGCUGCUGCUACAGCAGGCACCAAAAGGACUGCCGCAGCAUUGGCCCGCUUCCACCGGAUGCGAAAUACAGAUGCUGCGUUGUAG